GUAUUUACAGAGGGCGCAGUUAUUCGUGUCAGAUUGAGUCAUGGCGGAGACCACGGCCCGUGCGUUGUACGACUUUGAUGGAGAUCCAGAUAAUGGAGAGCUGAGUUUCAGAGGAGGAGAUGUUCUUGCAAUUAUUGCACUGGAUAUUGGAGAUGGAUGGUGGGAAGCCAGGAAUGACUUGGGACAUCAGGGUUUGGUGCCAGAAGCUUACCUACAGAUAAGUGAGGAACCUCCUGAACCAUCCUUUCCCCCUCCCCCACCACCGAUGUCUACACCCCCUGUUGGGGGAGACUACCCUGACGACCCUCGGGCAAGUCAGUACUCCACAGGCACAACAUCUACAACAAACGGGUACAACAGCCAAUACCAGAACACACCUGCCGACAUAGGGGGUGGGGACUAUCCGGUCGGAGGGGGCUUCACUACACAGCAGAGCACAGAUGAGUGGGACGAGGAUGAAUGGGAGGAGGACGAUGACCACUCUUCUACCAGCACAGAUCGGGGCACUUCUCAGGAAUUACAUUUACAAGGACAAGGAAACUUCGGUCUUUCUACAGCCAAACGAGAGCCUAAACAAAUAUCUCCUUCUGGUGAUAUGUCAAAGUAUGGUACAGUGAAGAAAAGCUUUAACAGAUUUUCACAUUUUGCUAAAGCUGGUGGUGAGGCGUUUAUGAUGAGUCAGGUACAGAAUGAGAAUGUAUCGGAAAACGACGUUAUCACCAUUACAGAAACUGCAGAUGGCCCUGUGUGGCCCUUACCUACUGACACAUUCACCUGUGAAGUCGCAUCUCCUAAGAAAGAAAGUAAACUAAAAGGUCUUAAGAGUUACAUAGCCUACCAGAUUACACCGUCGUUCAGUAAUAUCCAGGUUAGUCGGAGGUAUAAACAUUUUGACUGGCUCCAUGAGAGACUGGAGGAGAAGUUUGCCUGUGUUCCCAUCCCACCACUGCCUGACAAGGCCCUAUCUGUAGGAAUUGGGUCAAUUUCUACCACUGGAAUGAAAAAAGGAAGAUACGAAGAUGAUUUUAUUACGGAAAGAAUGCACCUUCUGCAGCUAUGGAUCAACAGAAUUGUACGCCAUCCCUUGAUAUCCCGCUCUGAUGUCUUCCAUCACUUCCUCACCUGUACAAAUGAAAAGAAAUGGAAAGAAGGGAAGAGAAAAGCUGAAAAGGAUGAGUACACCGGUGGAAAAUUUUUCCUUCUUCUGAGGACGCCGGUCGCCCAACUGGAGGAAAGGGAUGUGGACAAGACGAUGGAAACGUUUUGUAAAUUUGUAAAAGGAAUGGAUGACAACGUUAAGGGCCUUAUAACUGUGAUGAACGAGAACAGAAAGAAACAUCUAGGGCCUUACAAGCGAGAGUACCAGAAAAUUGGUCAAUCAUUUAAAAAUCUAGCUACCACAUUUAAUCUAGAUAACUCUAGUUUUUCGGGUAGAUUGACAGCAGCAAUAGACUACACAGGUGACACAUACAACCAGAUAGGAGAUAUGUUUGAGAAACAGCCAAGGGCGGACCUUGAUCCCGUGUUAGAUGUUCUCUAUGAAUACAAGGGGAUACUCAGCACCUUCCCAGACGUCCUCAAGAUACACGAGGGUGCUGUUGGUCGAGCGAAGGAGUGUAAGAAGGAACAAGAUGAGGGUAAAAUGUCGGAGAGUGAUGUACAGAAAGUGGUGAACAAAGCCGACAUCAUAACCUACGGUACGAUGGCCCAGAUGUCACACUUCCAGGCGGAACGGGUACAGGACUACAAGGCCAUGAUGCAAAAAUACCUUAAAGAACAAAUACAAUUUUAUAGAAAUAUAACACAACAACUUGAAGAGACUCUUGUGAAAUUUGAAGAUGCAUAGCAGUGUUAGGUUAAUGUUCAGUGUUUGUCUUAUGUGCUUGUUAUAAACAAAGUGCUGGCAGUCCACAGUCAAAUAGUUCUUGUACAAGUCUUCAGUUCUCUGUGACCUUGACAAAGUGCUGACAGUCCACAGUCAAAUAGUUCAUGUACAAGUCUUCUGUUCUCUGUGACCUCAACAAAGUGCUGACAGUCCACAGUCACAUAGUUCUUGUACAAGUCUUCUGUUCUCUGUGACCUUGACAAAGUGCUGACAGUCCACAGUCACAUAGUUCUUGUACAAGUCUUCAGUUCUCUGUGACCUCAACAAAGUGCUGGCAGUCCA